AUGUUUAGCGUUACUGGCGAGCUCACCAGAUACAGGUUGAACUGGACAUCCCCAGAGCCUUUGAACAUCGCGGCCUACCGAAAGCGAGGCGACGAGUACCGACCGCACUGCGAUGGCCGCUGCGGCGGCGACCGCCAUCGUCCUGGUGAGCGUGUGGCCACCAGCAUCUUGUAUUGCCAGGUUCCUGCAGAAGGUGGCCAUACCACUUUCACCAUGGACACCCUCAAAAUCGGCCCUGAUCAAGGAGACAUGCUGGUUUUUGGCUACCUGAUGGGCCAGACUAUGGCGAGACAAGAGGCUGAGCACAGUUCUUGUCCGGUACUGGCAGGAGGAAAGUGGAUUGCCACGCAGUGGUACGCAGAGGAAGCAGAAGACCAAGUGUGA